AUGGUGGGGACUCGUCGGACGAGCAAAUUUCCUUCCACUACAGAGGAUGAAGGUGGACCAAGUACCACCGAAGACUCCCAUAACUCCUCCUUCAUUGUCCCCAUUCCAGAGGAUUUCGACAUCGAAGCCUUCACCAGCCUCAUUCCCAACUUUGACAUUCAUUCACCGUCUCCAGAAUCUCUUGUAAAUCUUUACCAACUUCUGCUAGAGCAGUCGGGUGCUGUUGAUGCUGCACAGCGCGAUGUAGAUGAGCUGCGGGCAGAAUCAGAGCGGAAAGAUGUCGAGCUUGAUCAGGCUCUUCAGGACCGCGAGCAAUCCUCGAAGGAUUUGGAGCAGCAAGUUGAGCGGCUCCAGGAGGAGCUGACACAGGUCAAGCAGGAGAGAGACCAUCUUUUGGCAUCCCAAAACGAGCUGCAAACACGUAUCACAGGUCUUGCUUCGUCGCAAACUACUUCUUCUCGGGAGGCGGAAGAACUUAAACAUCGUCUGGAAGACGCAGAACGUGAGAAGCGGGAUCUCAUCAAUGUUAUAAGUCGUUUGAAGCAGGAUGGAUCCGAACGUGACGACGAAAUCAAUACCUUGCGCUCGAAUCUUAAGGAGGCCCGUGCAGAACAUCAAGAGCUAGAAUCAAAAUUCAGGGAAAUUCGUGCAACCGAAACAUCCACAAAGUUCAAACUCGAUUCUCUGACGCAACAACUACAACUGGCACAAUCCGAAGUCGAGCGCGUCAAUGUAGAACUGACAACAAAGUCUGAAGAAUAUGGCAACUAUCGGCGGACAAAACAAGCGGAACUGGUUGCACUUCAAGCCAGUCUCAACGACAUGACGCAGAACCAUAGCUCUUUACAGGCCAAUCUGAAAGCUUUGCAGACAUCUCAUGCCUCUCAAACUCAUCAAUUAACACAAGCACUCACAAAAGUACAAGAUCUCAAUGGUCAAAUUGCAGAGCAGGAGGCCACGUACUCUACUGAGACGAAUUCUUUGCAUCGUCUUGUCGAAGUGUUGGAGGCACGCGAGAAGCAGGCGAAGGACUUUGUCGAGAAUAUGGAACGGGAUUGGGCCGAACUGGGUGAAAGGGCUGAUGAGCGUGAGGCUAAUCUCAAGGCCGACAUUGAGAAGGAAAGGCGGGCCCGCGAGGAAGCAGAGAAUAGAAUUGAACAGUUGGAGAAGGUAUUGGACAAAAUGGGACGGGGUGAACUUCCGAUUCCAGGCCGCGGUGCUGCUGGAACUCCCUCAAGACGAACCUCGGGUGUAUUUGACGAAGUUCACGAUGGUUUGGUGGGUCUCAGUCCAACAAUUGCGAUAGUCAGCAAGACCCAGAAGAGCGGCAAAAGUUUCACGGAAGUUUACGCGGAUUACGUUCGGCUUCAGGAUCUUUAUGAAAAGAAGUGCAUAGAGUCCAAAAACAUGGAGGCAGCAAUGGAAGAUGUAUUGGCCCAACUUGAAGAACGGGCUCCUGUUCUUUCGCAGCAACGAAUAGAAUACGAACGACUUCAAUCAGAAGCGUCGCAGCUUGCGUCCGAACUAGCUCAGGCCAUCUCCGACCGCGACGUGCAAUAUCAAGCUGCGCAGGAUAACGCACAAAAACUCCACAAAUCGUCACGAGAGAUUGAUCUUUUGCAGCAACAGCUGGAUGACCUUGGGCUCCAGGUUCGAGCACUACUGAAAGAAAUUGGGCGUCGUGAUGAUCCAAAUCUCCCGUCAGAUGAAGAGCUAGAAAACGUCAUCGCAGCGGAAGUCGUCGAGGAUGUCAUUACCAACAACCUUGUUCUGUUCCGUUCGAUCGAUGAAGUGCAGCUGCAGAAUCAAAGACUUCUUCGAAUUGUCCGCGGCAUGGGUGAAAAGAUGGAAGAGGCUGAGAAAAAACAGAAGGCGAAAAUGGAGGCGGAGCAGGCCGAGGCAAUCAGGGAGGCUCAUGAAACAAUGGAGAAUCUCGCCGCCGAACUUGACCGACAAAAGAAACACAGCGACAAUGUUAUCCAGGCCUACGUGAAGGAGAGGGAUGCACUUAAAGCGAUUAUUGCCCGGUCGAAUCAUAACGAAGGACACACUGGUAUCCCAACCGACUCCAGCGAAAUCGGUGUCUCAGACGCGUCGUCCAGCGUCGCGAAAGAGUUGGCUGAAAUUCAGAGUCAGUUUGAUACAUAUCGAACGGAGAUGGGAGUCGACUCGGUGAAACUCAGGGAAGAUAACAUUGCUGCUCAUAGAGAAAUCGGACAGUUACAAGCUGCACUCGCCAAAGCGUCCGCUAAGAAUGAAAAUCAAAUCGAACGCCUUCGCAUGCUUCAAGAUCAAAUCGGCCUUCAGAACCAGGAGCUGAAUGAUCUUACCAAGCGGAACCAGCAAUUACUCGACCAAUGGACUCGUGUUGACGUUGAGUGUGGUCGUGUCACAGAAGAUUUGCAUGUGACCUCUGGUCGUGUCGAACAACUUCGAAGUGAGUGUGCCAACCUACGCGCAGAGAAGGGUAUUUGGGAGAGUAUUCAAAGUCGCCUAGUCGAAGAAAACAAGAGCUUGGCGUUGGAACGUUCUCACCUUUCCGCCUUGAUGAGCAAUGUUCAAAGGAUGCAUAGUGAAUUAGAGCGAUCCGGAGAGAACGACCGUCGUCGUCUAGAAAAUCAACUCCAGCUAACCGAGAGCCAGUCGCAAGAAUUGAGAAAUCAAGUUACACAAGAACGCGAAGCCGUCAGAAACCUUUCGCUCCAGAAAGAUAUAGAGGUCAGAGAUCUGCAAAAUCGCCUCGACAAAUCGACGCAAGAGUUGUCAAAGACUCGUGAAGCUCUAGCUAUAGCUGAAACUAGCAAAGUGCACCUUGAGGAACGUGUUGGCGAUCUUACCAAGCAUAUGAAAGGCAACGAAGAGAAGCUUGCAGUCUAUGAACGCCGCAGCGGUGCCUACUCCUCCAUGGAACAAUCCGACCUGACUCGGGAGCAGCAGCUCGAGUCUGAAGUCGCAGGACUACGAUCGGCCCUCAAAGUCGCAGAGUUUGACCUCACCCAAGCAAAAGGACAUGUACAACAAUUCCAGAGUAUCAGCGAAGCGAAUGAGACUGCCCUGACUGAAUUCCAAAGCACUCAUGAAGAAUACAUUGCCUCUACAGACGCACAAAUUGCCAAGUCCGAGUCCGACAGACGAGUCCUUGAGGAAAGAUUGCAAAUUGUUCAAGCAGAACUUGCGGAAUUGACCACGAAACACAACGACCUACAGAAACAAUAUGAAGAUGAUCGUGUUGCUUGGUCGAACGACAAGAAGACUCUCGAAGACACCAUCGUAGACCUCAGUACCUCUGAAAACGACCGCAACUCCCAUGAGAACGAUGUUAAACAACAAGAACAACGGGCUAAGGUUGCCGAGGAACGUUAUUCUAAUGAAGUUCUCUCUCAUGCGGAAUCAAUCAAGGCUCUCGAUAACUUGAAAAAGCAACUAGCUUCUGUUCAGGCCACUAUCAGGGAUUACCAAGUUGCUGCCGAAACUGCAACGUCCAAGCUCGCCACCUCAGAAGGCAGCUGGCAGCAACAAAAACAGACGCUUGACAACGAGACGAAAGAUCUGCGACAACGGUGCAACGAUCUGACAGAGCAAAACAACGUACUCCACCAUCACCUUGAAACGGUCAGCUCUCAAGCAGCACGCAUUCGGCAAGCAGCUGAAACAACAACGUCUACGAGCAGUGAAGCCGAUGUGAAUGAUAGCUCCGACGUAAAACUUUCCGAGAUGCGCUCUGUAGUUGCUUAUCUCCGUAAAGAAAAAGAGAUUGUGGACCUUCAGCUUGACCUCAGUAAACAGGAGAACACUCGUCUCAAAUCCCAGAUCGAGCAUUUGUAUCAAAAUCUCAAUGAAACGAGGCAGACUUUAUCUGAGGAACGAGAGAAAGCUGUAGAAGCUGCGACAUCCGGUGCAAAGCACGAAGAACUAAUCAAGAGGAUCAACCAAUUAAACAUCUUACGGGAGAGUAAUGCAACAUUACGAGCAGAUGGCGAAGCUCGAGCCAAACGUAUUAAGGAAUUGGAAACGAAGUUAGACCUUCUUGGAAACCAACUGGAACCUGCAAAAGAGGAGGCCCGUGUCGCUAAAGCUGAGCUUCAGGCCCGAGAUACUCAAAUCAAAAGGCUUGAAGAGGAGAACCGCAGAUGGCAAGGACGCAAUCAGCAAUUGUUGACCAAGUAUGACCGUAUCGAUCCAUCUGAGAUGCAGGCCCUAAAGGAUGAGAUUGAGCGUCUCAAAGCCGAGAAGUCUUCAUCAGAAAACGUUAUCAAAGAACGAGAGGAUGAGCUGAAUCAGACCAAGUCCCGCGUCGAGGCACUUGAGAAAGCACUUGCCACUUACAAGGAAACAUAUGCGAAAAACAUGAAUAGCUUCAAAUCGAAACUGGGUGAAUUGAACGCUGUCAGGUCGAAGCUAACAACUGAGAAAAAGGAGCUCGAGGAAAAGGUUUCUGCUCUAGAAGGACAGACGCGUAAUCUUGAGGCUACCCUUGAUUCGUUGAAAACUGAAAAGGAAUCGUCUGGCUCCGCUUCAGCUCUGCCAGACGGCGCUGCCGAUCCGGAUGUUGUGGCUUUACGUGCUGAACGCGACCUAUUGCUGGCCGAAAAAGCCUCCUGGGCAGCUUCUCAGACUAAUUCGGAAACGCUGUCAUCUUGGGAUACCGAGAAGGCUGCACUCAUUGCAGCGCGGGAGCAGGCUGAAACGGCGUUGAAGACUGCCACUGAAAAGGCCGAGUCUGCGUCCAACACCGCCAAGAGCAAUAAAGCUGCAUUUGCAAGUCUUUUCGCUCUCAACAAAGCUCGCGAGGAAGACGCGCACAAAGCCACUGCCGCACUGGAGGCAGCUGUGUCUGCCGCAGUUGCAAAAGUCAAGGACGAGUUGCAAACAAGGGAAAUACCUCCAGACGACUUCGUGGCAAAGCAUCAGGCCGAACUCAAAGCAUUGGAAGUGCGUCUCAUUGCUGCACACCAGGAAGAGCUCAAAAAUGCUACCGGAAACAAGGGUUCGUCGACCUCCGGGUCUGAGAUUGAUGUUCAAGCGGCGGUCGCUGCGGCGAUCGCUGCACACGACAAGGAGCGGGAUGUGAAGAUCGCGGAAGAGAUAUCGGCCGCUGUAGAGAGAGGAAGAAUGGAAGCAGCGUCUAAGAUGAAGCUGAGAGAUUCACAGAUCGUCCGAGUACAGACAAAAUUGAAAGAAUACGAAGCUCAAAUCCAGACCUGGAAACAAGAAGGAAUUUUACCGAAAGAUGCAAAGGUAGCCCCACUUUCUGGCAAAGCCCCGCCGCCCCCGAGCCCUUCUACAUCUUCCAAUCUUUCCACCCCCGUAACACCCUCUACAGCACCUGCCCCUACCACCGCUUCUGCAAAUGCGUCCCUUCCCCGAAAGCCUUCCGUCCCGUCCGCUACCCCCUCUUCUUCUACCAUUGUAUCGACCCCUCCUGGGAUCGGUCGUGGGCGAGGGGGUCCUUCGGCCGUCGUCCGUGGUGCCAUUCGAGGUGCUGCACGUGGUGCUCCAGGUACUGGAAGGGGUGCUAAGCCCUCACAGCCUUUGAGUGGUGGAAUCACAAUUCAAGGUGCUGCCAAACGACCUGCCCCUGAAUCCGCAGCGGAUGAUACUCUUGCAAAACGGUUGAAACCAGCCGCUGGGAAUCCCGUGACUCUGAGGCGGCCACCUCCUCCUGGCCAGUAG